AGGCUGGCGGCGGCGGCGGCGGCGGCGGCGGCGGCGGCGCGGGGACUGCGGGGGACAGCCAGGCAGCCGCGCGGGUAGCGACGCCCGGGGAAGCCCGCGCCCCGCCUGCGCCUCCGAGGCGCGCCCGGGAGCGGGAGCGGCCCCGCGGCCCUCCCAAGGCAGAGGCGAGCGCCGGGAGCCCGGAGCCCGGAGCGGGCGGGCAGGCGGAGAGCCGGGCAGCGGCCGGAGCGCGGGGGCGCGGCCGGAGGCAGCCGCAGAGCGAGCCGGGGCCGGGGGGAGGGCGCCGGGCGCGAGCCCCCCCCCUGCGCGGCCGCCGCGGAGGCGGCUUCGCGGAAGACAAAAGCCCGCCGGAGAGACGCGAUGCCCGGCCGGCGGGGGCCCGGGGACCGCGGCGUCUGAGCGCGCCGAGCCGAGCGCCCCCCCGGGGGUCCGCCGAGGCCGGGCCGGUGCCCGCGGCGGAGGGCGACAGGGGCUGGCCCAGGUGCUCCCGGCCGCUUCGGGCCCCGUAGCUGCUCGGGGGGCGGCGCCCUCCCGCCGCAGCCGCAGUGGCCGGCGCCGCAGCCAGGAGCCAUGGGCAACAUCUCCUCCAACAUCUCGGCCUUCCAGUCCCUGCACAUCGUCAUGCUGGGCUUGGACUCGGCCGGCAAGACCACGGUGCUGUACCGGCUCAAGUUCAACGAGUUCGUGAACACGGUGCCCACCAUCGGCUUCAACACCGAGAAGAUCAAGCUGAGCAACGGCACGGCCAAGGGUAUCAGCUGCCACUUCUGGGACGUCGGCGGCCAGGAGAAGCUGCGGCCGCUCUGGAAGUCCUACAGCCGCUGCACGGACGGCAUCAUCUACGUGGUGGACUCGGUGGACGUGGACCGGCUGGAGGAGGCCAAGACGGAGCUGCACAAGGUCACCAAGUUCGCCGAGAACCAGGGCACGCCGCUGCUGGUCAUCGCCAACAAGCAGGACCUGCCCAAGUCGCUGCCGGUGGCCGAGAUCGAGAAGCAGCUGGCGCUGCACGAGCUCAUCCCGGCCACCACCUACCACGUCCAGCCGGCGUGCGCCAUCAUCGGCGAGGGCCUCACCGAGGGCAUGGACAAGCUCUAUGAGAUGAUUCUGAAACGCAGGAAGUCCCUCAAGCAGAAGAAGAAGCGAUAAUGCGCCCGGCUGUGUUCGGGAGCGAGCCGGGGGGCGAGCGAGGGAGCGAGCAAGUCAGGGAUGGAUGGAUGGAUGGAUGGAUGGAUGGAUGGAUGGAUGAACGAAGGAGCAUCCGCGCCCGCGAACAAAGACCGAGAACCAAAGCUAUGCUUCGAAUUUUUAAAACGGAGUCUGUGCACCCAGACGCAGGACUAGUGACUUAACCUGGGUGUGUAUACCGAGUUGCCAGCCUGCCCUCGAUCGGCCCCCACCCCCAGCUCAGGGGACCUUUUGUCUGAACGCCAGAGCUACUAAUGGGUGGGGGGCGCUGGGGAGUGGACGCGCCUGGCCUGCUGUCCGCCCCUCCCGGCCCAGGUGGAAAACUCGGAUGUCAGAGACAAAAGCGAUCUCUUCCGCCUCCCGCCACAAGUUGGGCUGCCCCGCCCUCACUGGGGCUCCCACCUGUGAGUCACCUGAGGUAUGCGGCUCCCAGAACCCUGGGAGCACCUAUCUGGGGGGCAGGUUGGCAGUGGGAGGUCCUGGGGGGGAACGGCCUCCCCCUGCAUUCGUGGGCUCGGGAAGCCGGAUAGUUUCAUGUCACAGGGCAGGCCCCUGUUGAAAUUUCAUUUGUCCUGCUCUGGGCCCAAACGAGGUGGUGGUGAUUUGGGCCAUCAGAGGACUGCCUGGAACAAUACAGCAGCCCGAGAGCGUGGGGCACCGCGUGGGGCGCCGCGCUGGCCUUGGCCGGGGGGAUGGCCACAAAGCUGCCCCUUUCCUGGUGCUUUUUUGGUGGCUACGGAAGACCAGUUCGGUUGAGAACUGCUUUUCAGCCUGGAAUCAGACAUCUUCCAGAUGGUUUGGACCCUGUCCAUGUGUAGGUCAUUAUCACACAAAGAGACCAAUAAAAAUUAAAAAAAAAAAAAAAAAAAACAACUGUUGGAGGUGGUGGCAAAUGAUAUAUUUACUGUUUGCAGGAUAGUUAAAGGUUUUUAAAGGGUAAGGCUCUUCUUGGCGUAAAUGCUGGAUGGGGUGUGUGUGUAGAUACAGGGACCUCCCUCUGUCCUGUGUAAUCGGCAUAAAUACCUAGACCCAUAUGUGUGGAAUCUUAAAAAAUCUCUUAGCCUCCUGAUUGGUUUGUAUGAGCACACGAGCCGCAGAUGUGUGCCGAAUUGCAAGAUGGUUUUUUGCAAGGCCGUCUCUUGUAAUACGAACAGCUUGAUGAUGGGUUUUGGUUUUCAGACAUGUUUUUAAGAAAUUCUACAAAUGAAUACUCACCUUAGAAAUAUUCACCUUAGGAAAAAAAAAAAAAAAAAAAGACUCCGCUCUGCCCUUUUAGAUCCUUUUACGCUGCAAGUGGGGACGUGUUCAAAUUUCUAAUUUGGUUCAUCGUGGCCUCUCUGGUUUGAAGCAUUUCAUUAAAAAUGUCUCGUUAGAGUAUUUGAUGUCAUGCGCCAAAAAAAUAAAACCCCACCUUGUUGCAAAACCCGACCUCGUUGCAUGGAUUUUAAAAGCAAAGGAAAAGCACAAGGAGUGAGGUCCUUCCCCAUCCAUUCUUGUGGGAACUGGCCUGCUAGGCAAAUGCAAACAAUGAGUGCUUGGGAUCAAAGAAAGCGUGUGAUGUAAUGAUCACCUGUACUCAGGCACUUCCGCGGUUUACUUGAAAGAGGCUUUGGAAAAAUAGAUAAAGCGAGAGAAGAAGAAAUACAUAUUUUUAAUAAUGUGAUUUAAAAAUCCUUUAUAAUCAGGACUGAGUCUUGGUUUGCAGAAGCUGUCAUUUACCCUGAGACACAGUAUCAAAAAGGGAAAUUUCUACUUACCUUUUGGUUUUAAUUUCCUCUUCAAAUUCAUGUUCACAGGUAGAAUUUUGCAUAUGCACACACGCGCGCGCACACACACACACACACACACACACCCCACUGUGAGGAAUUUCUUUACGAAGGAGGCCUAUAUAGCAACUGGGCAUGAUCAUGCUCGAGCAUGUGAGGUCGUCAGAUUAUAUAUCCAUGCCUAUUGUCCAUAACGCUCAGAAAGUUAAUUUAAGAACCAGAGGUGGUCCUGCCCUCCUGCUUGAAACCCAAUUCUUACAGGAAACCUUUUAAAAGAGGAAACCUAGCAGGCCCAUCAUCUUCCUUUUAUCUUUGGUCGGUGUAUUUGGUACCUCCCCAAGGCUGGUAUUUUUGUAGCAACUCAGUAGAGAAAAUAGAGCUAAACACUGUCAAAGCCUGCAGGAUUUCGGUUUACGUAUCGACAGCGUAGUCACUGAUUUCUAAAUGGGCUGGUCCCAUCAUCUGAAGAUUCUGUAUAGAGUUAUUAAAAAAAAAAAAUCCCAUCCUCCUUUAUUUUCUUCACAUGUAACAAUUUCUUAUGCACUUUGACAUUUUGGUAGGGCCACGCUAUUGAGAGAAUAGUAUAUUUAUUUUGUGACAUUGAAGAUGCCAAAUGCUGUAACCACCUCGUGCUAAACAUCCUUAGGUUCAAGAUCCCUGUUCAAGUCCCGUCAUGCUUUACAAACGAAGCGAAAUGACUUUGGUUUUUGCAUUAUCGAUACUUAGGGGUGCAGUCAACUGUUAGUAAAUUGUGCGGUCAAGUAAGGCCCCUGUGGUGUAUCAACCAAUAGUUAAGAGUCUCCGUUGAUCUCUGUGGUGUUUGACCUAAUAACAGCCCACUUUUGUCUCUGACCAAACAGAGGAAGCACGCGUCAAGUUACCUUGGCGUGGCCUUGGGGUGGGGGGGGGGGGGAGUCCCCUCCAAUAUGGCAUCAGUGAUCUGUUAUGCCUCCUGCCCCUUUGAAGAAUGAAUGGGUUUCACACGGAGGAAGGUGGCCUCCCCACGUGACCUUUCGAAAGGUUCUCCCCUAGACACAAGGAGGCCGGUUUUAUUUCAAGCCGAUUCUCUUCACAGAUUCUCUGUCAUGGUGUUGGGACUAUCGUCUCCUGGUUUCGGUUUUCCUUUCUGCUGCUGUAAUUCUCUGUCCUGAACGUCCUCUUCUGGUCCUGUUCCCUUUUAUAUGCAUAUAUGAUGCUGUGAACAGAAAUAAAUUAUUUAUACAAUCAAA